AAAAACUCUGGCCUCUCCUCUCUUUUAAUCUUCCUCUUUGCUAGCCGCCUCUCUCAACCAAAAUGACGGGAGAACCAGUGAAUCCCAAAGCAUACCCAUUAGCCAAUGCUCAAUUAACCACCAGCAUUCUGGAUCUUGUUCAACAAGCUGCUAACUACAAGCAACUCAAAAAGGGUGCUAAUGAAGCUACUAAGACCUUAAACAGAGGUAUCUCGGAGUUUGUUGUAAUGGUUGUCGAUACUGAGCCCCUUGAGAUUCUGUUGCAUCUUCCUUUUCUCGCUGAAGAUAAGAAUGUGCCUUAUGUAUUUGUUCCUUCAAAGCAAGCGCUUGGGCGAGCAUGUGGUGUGACAAGACCUGUAAUCGCCUGCUCUAUCACGAAAAAUGAAGGAAGCCAAUUGAAAUCUCCAAUACAACAGCCCAAGGAUGCCAUUGAGUAGCUCCUAAUCUAAAGUUGUUUGUAUGUGUUCCAUUCGAGCAAAGCUGAUCAGUGGAGGGAAGGCGUGGAUGACUGGGAUCGAUUAAAACCGGUGCCUAAUCUGUGCUUCUGCCUUUAGUUAAUUCAUUUUCACUAGUGGUCUAUGAAGUGUUUGGUUUUAGUUUUCUGUUUAGUGCAGCAGUUUAACUAGUGUCGUCAUUUAGUUGAAGCCCUUUCCUUUCUAUAGUUGGACUGUGUGCGAGAUAUGAUGGUAUGAUUUUGGGGGCUUUGAUUCACGGAGUUGGACUUGUCUUGAAAAUAAGAUUAACCCUCACAAAAUUCCCGCCUAAAAAAAUGUUUUCGUUUCU